AUGACCAACGCGAAGAGCUUAUCGAACCUCAAGACGCGAUUGCUCAAGGUUGAUAAGGACUACUUCGCGCAGGGUCGGUCCUGCAUCGUAGCGACCCGAGUCGACCUCAAUCGCAGUCACGCCUUCACCACGGAGCACUUGGAAGCUGUGACCAACGUCUAUGGCAUGCCCGUCUUCUACUGCAACCUCACGAAGCGAGAGCAGCUGCAGAACCUGAGCGUGCGAGUCUACAAGGCGGCGGAACUGGCGAACGGCUUCAUACCCUACAUCAGCCCUCUCAUCUUCGCUCCAUAA